UGCGCCACCCUAUAAAUUUCAUUUACUCUCUCAUCCCUGCUCUCCCCUCUUUGAUAUUAACUCUCAUCCAUGCUCUCUACUCUUUGAAAUUAAUUCCCCCCAUACUCAUUCCCACGCUGCUUCACUUUCAAUGUCGCCGUCUUCCGCCGACCACGGCGGAGAUCACCCCUGCUCCCGGCAAGAAAUCAACGGCUUCUCCAAUGACCACACCGAAGUGGCCACUCCUUGCACGGCGUCGUCGACGCUCGGCUACAUCGUCGACGCGGUCCCUGCAAACGAGCGGGAGAAGCUCCGGAGAAUCCUAGUCGCUUCCGCAAAGGGUUUCUCGAUCGGCGCCGGCAUCAAGGGUGGCCUCGCUAUCUUCGCGAUCUUGGCUCGGUUGACGCGGAAAAAGCCGCCAAGGAAGGGGAUUGUGGUGACGAACAGCGAUGCAAUUGUCGAGGCUCUGAAGGAAACAUUGAGAUACGGUCUUUUCCUUGGAACCUUCGCCGGAACGUUCGUGUCCACCGACGAGGUUAUCGGUGCUCUCGCUGGUCACCGUAGGACUGCGAAGUGGAGGGCUCUGGUAGCAGGGGCGGUGGCCGGGUCUUCGAUGCUUCUUACAGGGUUAGAAGAUCAGCACACGAGUUUGGCGAUUUACAUUCUCAUGCGUGCUGCUGUCUUGGCGUCUCGUUGUGGGAUUAAGAGCAAACGGUUUGGAAAAAUUUGUAAGCCUCUCACGUGGAAGCACGGUGACAUUUUCCUCAUGUGUCUCUCCUCCUCGCAGAUAUUGUCUGCUUAUAUAUUAAAGCAAGACAGUUUACCAGCUUCAUAUAAAUCCUUUCUCAAUAAGCAUGGUGGAAAGGAUCCAGUUAUCUUACAAGGUGUAAAAGAUAUAGCGAGUGGCAAGCCUUUCACUAAUUUGGGUGCAAUUGAGAAAUACUACAAGAACAUGGGUGUCGAUGUGAAAUUAAAACCAGAUAUGAAAGUCCCAUGCUCGAUUGUACAUGGGAAUCAAACAUGCACUGGACAUAUCUUCACUUUUCUCCUUCAAGCUUACCAAAGAGCACUACCUGUUUAUCUUCCAGUUUAUUUGAUACCUGCACUUAUUGUUCAUAGAAAAGGACUUUUAAAAAGGCCUAGCACAAUAUUAACCAAGGGUCUUCUGGGCACAGCGAGAUCAAGCUUGUUUCUGUCUGUGUAUUGCGCUUCUGCUUGGAUGUGGACAUGCUUUCUUUUCAGGAUUUUCAAAAGAUGUAACAUUCCAAUGGUGGCCAUGGGAACGUUUCCAACUGGCCUUGCAUUGGCCAUUGAGAAGGAAAGCAGGCGAAUGGAAAUAUCAUUAUACUGCCUUGCCCGGGCGAUUGAGAGUUUCUUUACAUGUGUAGCUGAUGCAGGAUAUCUGCCACAAUCAAGAAGGAUCAAGAGGGCUGAUGUGGUGGUUUUCAGCUUGUCAACAGCCAUCAUAAUGCAUUGUUAUGCAGAGGAGAGGGAAGUGUUUAAAUCCAAAUACUUGAAUGUCCUUGAUUGGGUAUUUGGGGUACCUCCUCCUCCAUGUGAAACCCCGAGAUGCAAAGGUAGGUAGGUGAAAGUGCUAGUCCAACAGGGUUUUUUAUCUUGAAAAAUCUCCGACUUGAUUUUGCCUUCAAAAUUUCACUGGUGGUCUACAACCUUAAUUGUGAUCCAGUAAAUCCACGUUCUAACGCAUUAUUUACAACACACUGUUUAUUAUUGGGUAUAAUUCAUGUGUUCCUGAAUAAUAAAUGAAACUCUUUAAAUUAGGGAAGACCCAUAUCAUUUAUCGGAACUCAUGUGAUUUUUACUCAA